AUGCUAAGACUUUCUUCAAGACUAUCCACCACCACUCAAGUCUCACCUCGUCUAUUUUUAAGAUUAAACUCCACCACCGCCACAUCUUUCAAGAUCCCAACUACUCAAAAAGCUGUGGUCUUUUAUGAAAAUGGUGGUCCAUUAAAAUAUACAACUAUCCCAGUCCCAAAACCAAAACCAAAUGAAAUUUUAAUUAAUGUCAAAUAUUCAGGUGUUUGUCAUACUGAUUUACACGCUUGGAAAGGUGAUUGGCCAUUGGCUGUCAAAUUACCUUUAGUUGGUGGUCAUGAAGGUGCUGGUGUUGUUGUAGCUAAAGGUUCUGAAGUGAAAAAUUUCGAAAUCGGUGAUUAUGCAGGUAUUAAAUGGCUAAAUGGUUCUUGUAUGUCUUGUGAAUUAUGUGAAAAGGGAUUUGAAUCCAAUUGUGAACAAGCUGAUUUAUCAGGUUAUACUCAUGAUGGUUCUUUCCAACAAUACGCUACAGCUGAUGCUGUUCAAGCUGCUCAUAUCCCUAAAAACGUCGAUUUAGCAGAAGUUGCACCAAUCUUAUGUGCUGGUGUUACUGUUUAUAAAGCUUUAAAAACUGCUGAUGUUAAACCAGGUCAAUGGGUAGCCAUUUCAGGUGCCUGUGGUGGUUUAGGUUCCUUAGCAGUCCAAUAUGCAAAGGCAAUGGGUCUUAGAGUCGUUGGUAUCGAUGGUGGUGAUGAAAAGAAAAAACUAUUCCACAGUUUAGGUGGUGACAUCUUUGUUGAUUUCACAAAGACUCAUUCCAUUGUUAAAGAUAUUCAAGACGUCACAAACGGUGGUCCACAUGGUGUCAUUAACGUCUCUGUCUCAGAAUUGGCUACUUCCAUGUCUACAGAAUACGUCAGACCUGCAGGUACCGUUGUCUUAGUUGGGUUACCAGCCAACUCUUAUGUUAAAUCAGAAGUCUUUUCUCACGUUGUUAAAUCUAUUAACAUUAAAGGUUCUUAUGUUGGUAACAGAGCCGACACAAGAGAAGCUCUAGAUUUCUUCCAAAGAGGUUUAGUCAAAUCACCAAUCAAAAUCGUUGGUUUAAGUGAAUUGCCAAUGGUUUACGAAUUGAUGGCUCAAAAUAAAAUCUUGGGUAGAUAUGUCUUGGACACUUCAAAAUAA